UAUUAGAUAUGGACUUCAACGAUCAGAUUUUGAAGUACCUUGAAGAUUGUAACUAUACUAGCUGGAGUUUUCUAGGAGCCCUAAAGUAUCUAGAAAACAAUGUGGAGUACUCAAGUGCGGACCUACCUGCUAUCAAGGAGGCCUUUCUGUACCAUAUGUGCAACAUUUCCAGAAAUCCUUAUACAUCCAAAUCAGUAAAGAGGAAAGCCACAAAACUUUGCAGAAGCCUCCCAAGUGCUACUGAGCGCCCAGAGGUUCAGAAGUUCGUCCAAGAGCUAGACAUUCAAAAUGCUAAUAAGAUCUAUGACAACACUGUCGAGUUAGUUGUGGUUGAGGACAAAACAACCAAAGUGAAGCUAAGUGGUAAGAAAUACACAGCAGAACAAGGAGAUAUCAACACUCUGAAACGCAAGCGGAAUGAUGCAUUGGACAUGACAGACAGGGUAAAUGAGCUUGAAGAGAAUCCUUUUCUGACCGCAUCUAAUGAGGAUGGCGAGCGCUGGCUAAUCCAACUUCAAACAGGAACAAGAAACCCGGUGGAACGAAGGCCAAAACACUCAACUCACUCAAGCGAUGAAGAAGACGGGUUUGAAGGUCAAGGGGAUGACAAAAACAAUGAGAGAGACAGUGAUGUUAGGGAAGAUGAGUUGGAGAAACAGGCCAUGGAGACUCUUCAGGGCAAUGGGGAAUGGCUUGUGGGAUUUAAGAAAGUAAAUGUCAAGGAGAUGUUAACAAGUUGGCAAAGUAUCAAAGAGCAAUCACAUGAAGACUUAGCGUACUAUGAUAUUAUUGAUCUCACAUCCCAAACAAGUAGUGACUUUGUUAAUUCAAGUCUUCGACGAGAUGAAAUUGAAGAGAUGAGAAGAUUUGGACAGCCACUGCCCAAAAUUGAUGAUGACAAUAUCAAAAAAUUGGCUACGGAAAUGGCUAUGGCACCUGACUUUCGCAAGGCAGUGAACGAGAACUUUUUGCCGACCAGAGGCAGCAGUGAGAAGGAGUUUCUAUGGGAUUUUGCUUAUCAACUUGGCGAGGUGUGUUUGUUUGCCUCAGCAGAGAAUUAUGAUCUAAGAAAAACUGAUGCUGAGGACCGUAGUAGUGGAAGAAAGAUUGACAUCAUUUGGUCAACGAAACUGCCCAGGCUUGAAUUCGCUCUUGGGGAAGUCAGUGGUCCACCUAACCAACGGCAGCACCUACAUUAUGUUGGAGACAAGAUAAAGAUCGCCAAAAUGUUAAAAAUAAUGCUGAACAGAAUUGUACGAAUCUAUGGCGGAACGAGUGCUAGCCUUAGUCUGUUGAAACUUUAUGGGAUACAAUUUUACA